GCCGGCUGCCACGGGGCCGCGAUGGACGCCGAGGCGCUGCUGCUGUCGCUGGAGCUGGCGUCGGGCAGCGGGCUGGGGCUGAGCCCCGAGCGGAGGGCAGCGCUGCUCACCUCCCUGCUGCUCCUCCGCCGCGACUACCGCUACCAGCGCGUCCUCUUCUGGGGCCGCAUCCUCGGCCUCACCGCCGACUACUACAUCGCCCAGGGCCUCGGCCCGGACCAGCUCGGGGAACGCAAGACUCUCUACAGUUUGAACUGCAUGGAGUGGUGCCUCCUGCCACCAGCCACGGAGAAAGUUGUGACUCAGACGUCCGUGGUGAAGGGGCGUUUCAUGGGGGACCCCUCGCACGAAUACGACCACACCGAGGUGCAGAAGGUGGAAGAGGGGGACAAGACAUAUGAGGAGGAAGUCGUGAUCCAGAUCAAAGAGGAGGCUCGGUUGGUGGCCACCAUCGACCAGAUUGACAAGGCCGUGGCCAUCGUCCCUCGCGGGGCCUUAGUCAAGACCCCCCUUGGGCCUGUUCACGUCAACAGAAGCUUUGAAGGACUGUCCGUGUCGGAGGCCAAGAAGCUGAGCUCCUACUUCCACUUCAAGGAGCCCGUCAACCUGAAGACCAAGACUCUGCUCGAGAGGGCCGACCUGGACCCCGCCGUCGACUUCCUGGAUUCCCUGGAACACGACGUUCCCAAAGGCUCCUGGAGCAUCCAGAUGGAAAGGGGCAACUCGCUGCUGGUGCUGCGGAGCCUGCUCUGGCCAGGCCUGACCUUCUUCCACGUCCCCCAGACCAAGAACUACGGCUACUUCUACGUGGGCACGGGAGAGAAAAAUAUGGAUCUGCCCUUCAUGCUGUGAGCCGGGCUGGGGCAGGCCGAGAGAUGACGACUGAUGAUGUCUUCUUCUAUAAACCCAGGUGAAUUCUCA